AUGUUCAAGCUUCUCCUUGCCAAACUCUGCCCUAGUUACAGGUCUCGAAAGAAGGCCAAAGUUAUUAAAGAGCUAUCAUCACCUCUAUCCGCACCAGUUGAUGACCACGAAGGCCAUAUGGAUUUGCCUGUUUUGGAGAUGCCAGGAGACCAUGUUGUCGGCCACACAUCGCUAUUUGUCUCCGUCGACGUUGCUCGCAGAGACGAAUGGCUGGGAGAGAAAUAUUUGGACUAUAUGUUGGCUCAGACGGUACUGAAAAACACUCCCGGGAGAGACGGGGUUACCUCCCUAAAUGGAGACUUGAUACAGAGGCUUGCUCGUUUUCGUUACGACAACUGCUGUGAAGAGCUUAACCUCAAAAGGGUCCGGCGGUACCAACCGACUGACGCUGGCCAAUUUGCUCUUCCUGUCAACUAUAGAGAAAUUCUCCUGGGCUGGAUAGGAUCCAUCUUGAGCCGCGGAACACUAGAAGAGAGAAACGUUCUUCCUCACGUUGUGGCCCAAUGUUCACAACAGCACAGCCCGGAAAUUUUUCAGAGCACAGGGUCCGUCAACACCAACUCCGAGUCUGAUACGGCUGGGCAACAAGAUCCUACGUAUGAAGACUUAUCAUCUGAAGAAUCCGAGACGGAUAUUUGGCGGUAUACCAAGACACUGCAGGAGACUACUGCAGGCAAGGAUUCUGUCCCUCUCUACAAAGAAACCCUUGUCCGAGCUUAUCCCCCCAGGUUCAGAUACGAGGUCACGUACCGUGGAAAAAAGGCUACAGGCGAGGCCGGUAAUAAGAAGCGAGCAAAACAUCUAGCUUCAAAGAAGUUGUGUGAACUUCUCCAUAUCAAAUUACCAGACUAG